AUGUCGAAUUUGAUAGAAGGUUACACGUCGACGAAGAUAUCGCAAAUUCUAAUAACACUUAUUGGUAUGAAACGCGGUAAAACUAAACGUGAACAGUUGUUAAUAGACGGGUUAUUGGUUUAUAUAUUUGCGACGGUUUUAAUCGCAAUAUUUGUAGAAAAUUCGGAUUUAAUUUAUUCACGGAACGAUCUCUAUGCACUCACUUAUAAUGCACCAUGUUCCUUCGCCGUGACAUAUGAUUUCGUAAAAUUACUGAUAUUCACGUACAAGCGUCGUGAACUGUAUGAACUGCACAAAUUUACUGAAGAUACAUUUUGGAAUAAGGAUUACAAUGAACUGGAUAAAGCAAUAUUGGACAAGUGCGAUAGUACAAGUGCCAUUGGAAUGUGUGUACUAUCUGUACUAGCAACCAUAGUUGCAAUUCAUUAUUUGACGGGACCAUACUGGGAUGCCGUAGGAACAAAUACCACUGAGAGAACGUUACCGUUUCGAGUAGUAUUCGACUUGCCACUUACAGUGACCCCAUAUUAUGAGAUAUCAUAUGUUAUUGAGGUGAUUGGAGCAUUUAGUGUAGGUCUGUGCAGCGUAGCAUUCGCCUCGUAUCUAUUCUACACGUGCACCUUCGUUUCCGGCCACUUUAAAAUCUUGCAACGAGAGUUAGAGAAUGUGUGCGAGGUAGAACUAAAAAUUUUAAUCACAAAAUCAUCAUAUAGUGAUAAUGAUGCUAAGCUUGCAUACGAAAAAUUCAAAAAGUGCAUCGUGCAACAUGAACUACUAAUUGGGUAUUUGGGUAAACUGGAAAGUUUAUUCUCCUACAUAUUCUUAAUGCUCGUAUUAUGUAUCGUCAUAAUACUCUGCUUUUCUGGAUUUCAAUUCAUUUUGGGAGAUGGAACUUCGAAACUCCAUCGUCAAAUUCUAAGUGCAGAAUAUAUUGUGACUACUUUGGUUGAAACAGGCCUCUUUGCUUUCUCGUGCAAUGAAAUAUUUGAAGCCAGCGCCGCUAUUGGGGAAGCUGCGUAUCGAUGCAAAUGGUACAAGUUACCGUGCGAUGAAAAUGGUCGAGCACUGAGACAGGGAAUGACCAUAAUGGUCAUGAGGUCCUACAAGCCGUGCUCAUUGACAGUUGGCAAAUUUUGUCCCAUGAAUCUACAAGUGUUCAGUUCCGUACUGAGUACGUCAUUAUCCUAUUUUACGGUGUUACGGUCAAUGAAUGAAAGCGAGUGA